UUGCUACUUCUAAACCCUUCCCCCUCCGCUCAUUCCGGAAAGGAACCCUUCUAAAAUUUCUUCCAAGUUGAAGCGUAGGAGCAAUUUCGUCAACACAAUCCAGAAUGGUCAACAUGGCGGCGGCCGUAAGAUGCCUCGGUAGAGUCUUGAUACAUCAUCAAAGGCAUAGUCUUUCCAAGAUACCUUAUCAGACACCUCUUUAUCCUUGUUCUGUAUAUGUUCAGAUCUCCAACAGACAUUUUGCUGCUGCUACAAAGCCUGCAAAGAAAACAAAAAAAGGUGCCAAAGAAAAAGCAUCAGAAGAGAAAAAAGAUGAGAUAGAAAAAAUAAGGUCAUACCCCUUUAUGGAAGGUGAACCUGAGGAUGAUGUCUACUUAAAACGCUUAUAUCCAAGGCAGAUAUACGAGGUGGAAAAAGCUAUUCACUUACUUAAGAAAUUUCAAAUUCUAGACUUUACUAAUCCGAAGCAAGGUGUUUAUCUUGAUUUGACAUUGGAUAUGGCACUGGGGAAGAAGAAAAAAGUGGAGCCAUUUGCCAGUGUUCUUAGUUUUCCAUACCCAUUCGUUUCAGAAAUCAAUAAAGUUGCUGUAUUUACAGGGAAUACAUCUGAGAUUAAAAUAGCAGAAGAAAAUGGAGCUGCGAUUGCAGGAGGAACUAAUCUGAUUCAGAAGAUUUUGGAUGAUGAAAUUCAAUUAGACUUUUAUGUAGCUGUUCCAGAAAUAAUGCCCGAGCUUAAUCCAUUAAAGAAGAAACUGAAAAAAAGAUUUCCAAAGCUUACUCGAAAUUGCAUUGGCCGUGACAUCCCCAAAAUGCUUGAAUUAUUUAAAACUGGACAUGAAAUUAAGGUAGAUGAAGAAAGGGAGAACUUCCUCGAGACCAAAAUAGCAACACUGGAUAUGUCAAGUGACCAGAUAGCUGCCAAUCUGCAAGCAGUUAUCAAUGAAGUUUGUAGGCACAGACCGCUGAGUUUGGGACCCUUUGUGGUGCGUGCUUUCCUUCGUAGUUCAACAAGUGAAGGUUUGUUACUAAAGAUCGAGCCAUUGUUGCCGAAAGAAGUAGAAACCAAAGAAAGUAACAAAGAAGCUGCCUAAAAGCGUUGCAUUGUGAAAUUAUUUUCAGUGGAUUAAGAAGUAACAGAGAAAAUUAUAAAACUAUAAUUUUUACAUUUGCUGUCUUGUUAUUUCUUAAUCAUAAUCCUUGAAAGUGAAUUUUAACUCUGGAAAAUCUUACAACACUUUCAAAAGUAAGAAAAUAAAAUUUUCUCUGUGUCUGAA